AUGCUCCUUCAAUCCACUGUUUUCCUGGCCCUUGCCGCUUUGGCCCGAGCCGCCCCCCAGCCUGUGACUACGGUUACGAUUCCGAAUGCUCCCACCGCUACUAAUAAUGCUCAGCCAGCGGUCAACAUUGGCGUCGUUACGGCCGCUGCCGGCGCACCAUGCACCCAGGUCGUCGCACCUGGUACGACGCAGCCGAUCGUAGACGGCCAAGGUGUGACGCUAUCCUGCGAUCGAUCAUCAUACGCCCCGGUUCCGACUACCACGGUCAUCAAGACCAACCUAAUCACUCAGACCGUCAACGCCACUGGUAACCCUAGCGUUGUAACCCAGACCAUGGUCAGCACGUUCAUCCCCCCCGAAGCCUCGGCCAGCUUGGCCAUCGCUUCGGCAACCUCCAAACUGAACGCCGCGAUGGCUAAAGCCACCGCUGUAGAUGACAAGUUCAUCUGGCGAGGCGCUCUUUCUAUCGCCAGUGACUAUAGCUUGAGCGAGGCGGCUAAUGUCGGCGAGGAAAAGAGUCUUCGUCGCCGACUUUCCGAGGUCUGUGAAGCUCAGUUCUACAUCAGACAUGAGUGGACCGCUAUUCAGAACUUUAUGGCCAACAAUACCGGUUACAAGAUCGAGACGACCAAUCCCGAAGAAUGGGCCAAGAUCGUUAGCGGUGAGGACACCUCUCGUGCUCACAGCAUGAAAGCUCUCAGGCAUGAGCAGGAUCUUUACGCCACGGUCAACCUCUGGCCCGGGUCCCACCCCUUGCUUGUCAACACGAGCUGGAAGGAUGCUGACGCCAACUCGACCAACAACAACCAGUUGUGGAAGAGCGCCAUCCUGAGCACUCUUGAUCUGCCCCAGGUCAAGCAGAGGCUGAAGGAAUACCAGUUGCCCGAGAACAUUACGCAGGACACGGCUCGAGAUGAUCAGCUGUUGGUCUUGUUCGGCAUGGUAUCGGGACAAAGACCGGUCAAGCGGAUCUUCAAGGACGACGCUGUCCACGGCAUAUCCAUCGCCCUCGAUGCUGCCGCGCCGUUCUCCAACCUGAUGCUGGUCCAGACCAAGGAUUCUACCGACGAGAACCUCAUCCGAAAGGACACCACGUACGUUGUCACCAACGUCCGCCAGUGUACCGGUGAGAACGGCCAACAAGUCAAGUGCGCCGACGAAAAGGACCGCACUGUGACCCUCGGCAUGAACAUCGGCGAUCCUCAGGUGGAGAAGAACGGUUUCGCCGCUCAACUUACGAUCGAACAGCUCGAGCAGAACAUGGCCUACAUGAUCCACCCCGAGACCCCCUCCAUAUCGACUCAAUCGUGCGGAUGGACUGGAAAGGAACCGAACAAGGAUGCCUGCUACUGGUGA